GGGGGCCGGAGGCGGCGGCUGGCUGUCAGAGUCGCCUUCAGCCUGCGCCCCGGAACAUCGGCCGCCUCCAGCUCCCGGCGCGGCCCGGCCCGGCCCGGCUCGGCCGCCUCUGGGCCCCAGCCCUGGCCCAGGCCGGAGAGGAGAGGCUGCAUCUUCUCGGGCGCCAGGGUCCUCCCCCCACCCGCCGAGCCUUCUGGCAGACAGGGCCCCACCCGUGAGAGUGGUCAGUGCGUGGACGGACCACGGCCUCUGGCUCCUGUUCACCCCUAGUGCCCCCUCCAGGGAAAAGAGGUGAGGGCCGGGGCCCCGUAGGGCACGGGAGGGACGGAUUGCGGCCUCCCGCAUGUGCCCGUUAGGGUGGGGGGAGCGCCCGCCCCCUCCGGCGGCUCCCCGGCCUUGCCCUUGUCCGCAGCCUUCUUUGCUGCUGCUUGCCUCGCUGCCAGCCUGCCCCACCUCCCCUGCAGCGCCCUGAUAACUGGCCCAGCGCUGCCUCGCCCAGCUGUGUCUCUGUGUCUGUCUCUUCCUCUCUCCUCCCCUGCUGCAGACACCCUCCGGGCCCCAGACAUGAGGCCCCCAUCGUUUCAGGUCUCCCCACUCCUCCUCCUCUUCCUUCUCCUCCUCUUUCUCUUGGAAGGAGGGGUGGAGAGCCUGGAAGACCCAGAGCUGCUGGUGACUGUCAGCGGGGGGCGGCUGCGGGGUGUCCGGCUGAUGGCCCCCGGAGGCCCCGUCUCAGCCUUUCUGGGCAUCCCCUUCGGUGAGCCGCCUGUGGGUCCCCGCCGCUUCCUGCCACCCGAGCCCAAACGACCUUGGUCCGGGGUGCUUGACGCCACGGCCUUCCAGAAUGUCUGCUACCAGUUCGUGGACAAUCAGUACCCCGGCUUCGAGGGCAGUGAGAUGUGGAACCCCAACCGUGAGCUGAGUGAAGAUUGCCUCUACCUCAACGUGUGGACGCCGUACCCUCGGCCCACCAGCCCGGCCCCAGUCCUCGUCUGGAUCUAUGGCGGUGGGUUCUACAGUGGUGCCGCAUCGCUCGACGUGUAUGACGGCCGCUUCCUGGUCCAGGCUGAGGGUGCCGUGCUGGUGUCCAUGAACUACAGGGUGGGCGCCUUCGGCUUCUUGGCCCUGCCUGGCAGCCGUGAGGCACCGGGCAAUGUGGGGCUGUUGGAUCAGCGGCUGGCACUGCAGUGGGUGCAGGAAAACAUAGCGGCCUUCGGGGGGGACCCCACGUCAGUGACGCUGUUCGGGGAGAGUGCAGGAGGCGCAUCGGUGGGCAUGCAUCUGCUGUCAGCCCCCAGCCGGGGCCUGUUCCACCGGGUGGUGAUGCAGAGCGGGUCGCCCAAUGGGCCUUGGGCCUCAGUGAGCCCCGGGGAAGCACGGCGCCGGGCCACGCUGCUGGCCCGCCUGCUGGGGUGCCCUAUGGGGGCAGCAGGUGCCAACGACACUGAGCUGGUUGCCUGCCUACGGGGGCAGCCAGCCAAAAAGCUGGUGGACUUCGAGUGGCAUGUGCUGCCCCAGGACAGCGUCUUCCGCUUCUCCUUCGUGCCCGUGUUGGACGGGGACUUCCUCAGUGACACCCCAGAGGCCCUCCUGGAGGCAGGUGACUUCAGCAACCUGCAGGUGCUAGCUGGUGUGGUGAAGGACGAAGGUUCCUAUUUUCUGGUUUACGGGGCCCCAGGCUUCAGCAAAGACAACGAGUCCCUCAUCAGCCGGGCUCAAUUCCUGUCGGGAGUACGGUUCGGGGUCCCCCAAGCAAGUGACCUGGCUGCCGAGGCUGUGGUCCUACAUUACACGGACUGGCUGCACCCCGAAGAACCAAAGCUCCUGCGAGACGCCUUGAGCGAGGUGGUGGGCGACCACAAUGUUGUGUGUCCUGUGGCGCACCUGGCUGGGCGGCUGGCCGCCCGGGGGGCACAGGUCUAUGCCUACCUGUUCGAACACCGCGCCUCCACACUCUCCUGGCCCCUCUGGAUGGGGGUUCCCCAUGGCUAUGAGAUCGAGUUCGUUUUUGGGCUCCCCCUGAAACCUGGGUUGAACUACACCACAGAGGAGAAAACCUUGGCCCGGCGCAUGAUGAGAUACUGGGCCAACUUCGCUCGCACAGGGAACCCCAGUAGUCCCCCGGACCCUAAAGACUCGCAGUGGCCGCAAUACUCUGGGGACACGCAGCAGUACGUGAGCCUGAACCUGAGGCCGCUGGAAGUUCGGCAGGGGCUGCACGCACAAGCCUGCGCCUUCUGGAACCGCUUCCUCCCCAAGCUGCUCAGUGCCACGGACACGCUGGACGAGGCGGAGCGCCAGUGGAAGGCCGAGUUCCACCGCUGGAGCUCCUACAUGGUGCACUGGAAGAACCAGUUCGACCACUACAGCAAGCAGGACCGCUGCUCCGACCUGUGACCGGCCGCCGCCGGACACGCUACUUAUUUAUUUAUUAAUCAAUUAAGGGCUGGGAUGUAAGCGCCCGGCCCCGCCUCCGCCCGCCCAUCCCGCCCGCCCUGUGCAUGCGUCGCCGAGCCCCCGCCCCCGCGGUGCCUUCGCGCCUCCGGGCUGCCAAUAAACUGUUACACCACGGGA